CGGCGCGCCCGCCGGCGCCGGCCGCAGUUUGGCGGUGCGGAGGCUGCAGUGGAGGCGGCGGCGGCGGCUCCUCCCGGGACGCCCCGUCCCCGAGGGACGCCCGUCCCGCUACUCGGAGCAAUGGAUCGCCCCAGCUACCUGGAAGAGGACUAUUCUAGCCUGGAUGGGCUGGACGAUGACGUGUUUCACUCUGAUGACUUUGGACUUGCAGGUCAGCCUGGUGAGAUGACUGCAACUGGCUUUUUCACACAGAACCAGUCCUACAGCUGCCUUCUGGGGAGGUUUCAACUAUUCCCCCUCACACACUGCUGUGGUCCCGGUAUCAGGCAUCCUGAGCAGCAGGACAAGGCAACUCAAACACUCAGCCCAUCCUCUUCCAGUCAGGAUGUUAUGUUGCCUUGUGGAGUCACUGAAGAGCCAAGGAGACUCUUCUAUGGGAGUGCUGGUUACCGUUUACAUGUCCCUCCAGCUGGCUUUGUGUUGGAUCCACACCUCCAGGAGGAACCUCAGGAAGGUCAGCGGGAAGCACGUGCUGAGGUGCAGAUUGCACGGAAGUUGCAGUGCAUUGCUGACCAGUUCCACCGGCUCCACAUACAGAGGCAUCAGCAGAACAGAAAUCAAGUGUGGUGGCAGCUUUUUCUCUUCCUACACAACUUGGCCUUAAACACGGAGGUGAACAGGAACCACACUGGGCAGAGGUGAGCUUCGCCCGCCUGUUUCAGGCCACAUCCAGUCUGCAGGGAGCACUGAACAAACACUGGUUCGGGGGCGAGACGUUGCACACCGCCGGCCGGAUGUGAGGACUCUGACUUUCUGAUACUCGUCUUCAAGUCUGAGUGUUUUUAUGGACUCUUCUUUGCUGCUGCCUGCCUCGCGAGGCAGGGAGCUCUUGUCCAACACUGUUGAAGGAAAGCCAGAAUGUGGGUGUGUUUGGUAAAGCUUGCUGCUGGCUCCCCGCACCGGUGACCUCUGUGCAAGGGAGGCAGGUAUUAGACUGACGGCUUCCUCUGCCCUAUGUAGUAGUGGAUGGUAGAGUGCAGGAGUGUCAUUUUGGCUGCUAGUUAAAAGUGAUGCCUGGGAUUGAUGACUAAACAUACUUGGGGUAUCUUUUAGAGCAGAGAUGUUCAAUUCCUCCACAUUUUUAGCAAUGAAAAACAUUCAAGUAGCUUGGUUUCAUCAGGUUACUUGCUUUAUUCAUUGGUUACUGUUUAUUUCAUUGUGCCCUGUGUGAGAGAAAAUCACAGAGAAAUCUGACCUCUUCUGCCAUUCCAUUGGGCACCACUUGCAGUGCUCUCACAAGAAAAGUUGUUCUUUGUCAUUGCCAUCAAUUAAAAAACAAAAUAAAUCAGUAGAACAGGCUGAAAAAUAAACCUUCUUGGGGUUGCUGGUGGCUACUAGCUUCUGCCUGCUUUCAGUUCAGUGUUCUCAGUGCCCAUGAGCCAGCAGGAAGCCAAAAUCCAUGGAAUAUGGCAUGUGUCAUUCUUCUACAAUGCUAAUGUAUAUGUUUUUAGUAGUUUUAUGAUGGAUGUUUAUUUUAUUUUGGUUUUCUUUUCUCUUACUAUAUAAUGUGGUUGGUCAGGAAGGCUUAGAUCCCAGGCAUCCAAUAAUUUACUUCAGGAUUUGACAGGGAAAUUAAUUAGCAUCUAGUCUGAUAUGUACACUGUACAAGCAGUCUGUCCAUUACUCUAGUGUGUAGUAUUUGGAGGCUGCUGUAAGCAUAUACUGACUAGCAGCAGUAAUGUUAUUUCAAGGGAGAUCUUCUGUCAGUUUGUAUGCACUCAGAGGUUUGUCCAUAUGGCUGACACUAUUGGACCAGCACAGGGAAACUACCCUAGCAAAAGGAAGUAGCCUUAAAUAUUGAUGGCUGCUUCUCUGUAGCCUUAAAUAUACUUAGUUCACAGACCCAGUGACAGCUAGGGUAAAACAUGAACAGAGAAGCAAUACAGACCUUAUUAUUUUUUCUGAAAAUUUCCAUAUUGCCACUGCACCUUGUUGUAGGUCUCAAAUGAUACAACCAACUUGAGGAAGAGCUGUCCAGAGAAUUGCUCUUCAGUUGUGUUAGAAAUGUCCAGCUGCAGGUGUUGAGAAAUUCUUGAUCCACUCUGAAAAAUACUCAUUACUGUACGGAAGAGUUGUUUACUUGCACAUACGCUUUCCUUCUCCACCCCUCUUUGCAUAUUUGUCUCUAAUUCCUGCUUUCUCUGGUAUUUGUAAUCUCAUCAUUGCACUGUAGUGUCUAGUAACAGUUUGCUGAACAGAGUUAAAUUUGGACCCUCUUGCUUUCUCUCAGACCCAUUCUCUUUGAUUUUCAUCCUGCGUCUACUCUGGCAAAAUGUACUUUAGCUCCCUGAAAGAGGUUCCCAAGCCUUUUUCACCUUCCUAUAUUCACAGUCACUCUCUUUAAACAUAAGGAGAUAUGUGAGAAAAGCUUUUUUUUCUCCUUUUGUGUUAUUUUUCUAGCUAGAGCUAGAGUAAUAUGUUUGUCCAGGAUGGUUAAUAAUUCAUAUAAAUGAAUCUCAAGUAAUA